UCUCAAAGAUAAACAUGACCAUAAGUGAAAAUCAAUUGUUGAAUGAUCUCACAAAUUCUAAAAUCAUAGGCGAGAGUAGCAAACAAAAGUUAAAUAUGAAAUCAUUGAACCAUAAAGAAGGUCCUAAUGAAGGAGAAGUUCGUGUGAAUAAAAAACGAAGCAGAGAUAAGGCUGUGAUUAGAAGUGAGAAUGAUACAAAUGGGGGAGGGAAAGAUGAAAAGUAUCGUGAUCCAGAUCAUGAAAUGCAUAUUUUGACUGAAAGAGAAAGGAGAAAGAAAAUGAGUAACAUGUUCUCUAGCCUUCAUGAUUUGCUUCCUGAACUACCUUCUAAGGCUGAUAAAUUAACAAUUGUGGAUGGAGCAGUGAAGCAAAUUAAAAAUCUACAACAAAGUAUUGAAAAGUUAGAAAAGAAGAAGCAAGAAAAGCUAAAAUAUGCUUCCAUGUUCAGAAGUGAGUCAUCAUCUGUGAUCAACAAAUCACAUUGGCAUCCCUAUGAAUCAAGGGAAACAACCAAAGCUGGUCAAGGAUCCUCGACUUAUAAUAAUAACUUGCCUACUAGUGCAAUUGUAACUUCAUAUCCUAAUUCAAAAGCAUUAUCACUACCUCCACCACAACAAGUAUCUUUUCAAACAUGGUCUUCUCCAAAUGUUGUCACAAAUAUAUGUGGUGGUGAAGCACUGUUCUCUAUAUGUGCUACUAAAAGGUCGGGUCUUUUGACAAAGAUUGCUUUUGUAUUGGAGAAAUAUAUGAUUGAUGUUGUAUCAGUCAGCAUUAUCUGCAACGCAAAUGGAAAUUUCUACAUGAUUCAGGCACAUGCAAGACAGGGUUCGCAUGACACAAAUUCAAUGGAGGAAAUUUACAAACAUGCAUCUAGAGAAAUUAUGAUGUGGAUCGCUUAAAUUUUAGAUUAUAAAACUUGUCUCUGCAUUCUGUAUGAAUUUGAAUUUAGUUUUUUCUCCAAAAAACUGUUUUGAUAUGGUCAAACUUGUAUGAUUCUCUUAAGAUUAGACAAGUAUAAUAUUUCAUUUUUAUGAAAUUAUUAUGGUGUUAUUCAUUUGAG